AUGACUCAAAUUUCAGAAAUCAUCCUUUUGGGUUUUGGGAAUCUUCAUGGCCUUCAGUUUCUUCUUUUUGGGGUAUUUCUGGCCAUUUAUGUGAUGACUCUCAUGGGCAACAUUGUAAUCCUAAUUGUGGUGUCAGCUGAUGACUCUCUUCACACACCCAUGUAUUUCUUUCUUGGCCACUUCUCCUGCUUAGAGAUUGGCUACACCACUACCAUUGAGCCCAUAAUGCUGAAAACACUGCUAUCGGCUCAUGUGCCUAUUUCCUUCCCAGCCUGUGCUUGUCAGUUUUAUUUUUUUGCUUCCCUGGUGGCUACAGAAUGCUUCCUCCUGGCUGUAAUGUCUUAUGAUCGCUACAUAGCCAUCUGUAAACCACUGUACUACUUCAGUGUCAUGGACUUCUGGGGUUGCUUCCAGCUAGCUGUUGCCUCUUGGAUGGCUGGAUUUCUGGCACCCAUCCUUCUCAUGGCUCUCAUUUUUCAUUUAACGUUCUGUUCUGCCAACAAGAUUGACCACUUCUUCUGUGAUUUAAAGCCCAUCAUAAAACUGGCGUGCACGGAUACUCAAUUAGCUGAGAUGACCUCUUUUAUAUGUACUUCUUUAUUUGCCCUUGGCCCCUUUCUGCUGACCCUGGCUUCCUAUACUUACAUCAUUUCCACCAUUUGGGGGAUUCAUUCUGCCACAGGGAAGCAGCGGGCUUUCUCUACUUGCUCCUCCCACCUGACAGUGGUCAGUCUCUAUUAUGGAACACUAGGUAUUGUUUAUGGCUUCCCAUCAGGCCCUCAGUAUGAAGGUGUAUUAAAGUUGCUCUCUCUUCUGUACACAGUGGUUACCCCUGCCCUCAAUCCUAUCAUUUAUACACUGAGGAACAAUGAUGUGAACAUAGCCCUGAGAAAAUUGGUACAACAAGGGACAUAG